AUGAAUAUUGGUAGAUUAGCACAGGACGAACUGGCCUACGAGAUGAAGGUCAGAGGCCUAAAAGUAGGGACAGUAGAGGAAAUGCGAAAGGCAUUGAGGUCGUCGAGGUUGCUCGUUAAGAGGAACUCGAUGGAAGUAAGUUUAGUUUACCCCUUCAGUUAUGAAGAGGAUGUCGAGGCAAUAGAAGCUAAGAUUGAGGAGAUCAGGGUCCUUCUUAAAGUACCUCCGAGGAAUCCAAAGUCAUCGGAGUACAUUAAGAUAGUGACGAAAAUUGAGUGGUGUAUAGGCAGGUUAGCUAGGACACCUUGUGAGGCCGAAGAUGAAGAAGAUGAAGUUAGUUCACUUCGGAACAAGGUUUUGUGUCUGUUAGGAGAUCUCACUGGUGAUAGUGAGAAUAGCGAUAGGGAAGAGGAAGUGGAGAAAGAAAAGACUCCACUUAAGAUUCAAACCCAACUUCGAGUACAAGUUGGUCAGACUCCUUGUAGUGGACGGUCUGCGUUAGGACUGGCCGGAGGAUCAUUAACUGAACCGAGGGGUGGUGACAGUAAUCCCUCGGCCAAUGAUAUAUCAGUUAGGGUUCCAAUAGGCAAUAGGGUCGAUAGGGGUGACACUUCUGUUGAACAAAUGGUCGUUCAACAGAAAUGCACCGAACGUUUAGGGAAGUGGGGGGUGAAGUUUACUGGUGACUCAGGUGGAGCAUCAAUAAACUCAUUCCUGGAAAGAGUGGAGGAACUUCGUCUGGCUAACGAUGUUCCUGAAAGCCACCUUUUUAAAUCCGCUUCGGAGCUUUUGGCUGGUAGGGCACUUAUGUGGUUUAGGUCGGUUAGGGAAGAUUUAGGGGAUUGGCAGGAACUCGUCAAGGAACUCAAAGCGGAGUUCCUUCCUGCGAAUUACGAUGAUCUCUUGUUGGAGGAGAUUAAUCGGCGUUCGCAGGGAAAGGAGGAAACUUUCGGCGCGUAUCUUACCACGAUGAGGACAUUGUUUCGAAGAUUAUCGGAACCUUUGUCAGAGGGAAGGAUGCUUUCGAUUUUAAAGAAAAAUGUAGAUCCCUUCUAUCAGGUGCAGAUAGCUAGUGCCAAACCAGAGACGGUUAAGGAACUUGCUAUCUUAGGUAGGGAAUUAGAUACGCUUAAGGUGAAUGUGGAUAGCUUUACCCCACCUUCUAAAAGCAAAAAUUUGUUGGAACCGGAGUGCGGUUACCAACCUAGUUCGUCUGGACAACACCGAGUAGCGGCUGUUGCUCCAGUUUCCGAGAAUCCACUUAGGCAGUCGGUUAGGUGUCACAAUUGUAACAGGGAAGGACAUAUAGCUUCGAGAUGCACCGUUCAGAAACGUUGCUUCGGUUGUGGAGCUGUAGGAGUGACAAGGAGUCCGUCGGCGUUAGGAAGGUCGUCUGCUGACGAUCAGCAGGUAGGAGUUCAUUUGAGUUUCACGUUAGCGGCAAAUGGUAGGGACACUAGACCAUAUUUAGGAGUUAGGGUUUAUGGAAUCAAGUUUUUAGGACUUCUUGAUUCAGGAGCCUCUCGUACCAUUGUGGGUGGUGACGGGUGGAAAAUUUUUAAACAGUUAGGGCUAACGUUAGGAAAGAGUAGUGUUGGGUCAGUAGCGUUAGCAGAUGGAACAGGUGUAGGUGUAGCUGGAUCUGUUUCUCUACCAGUGGAGGUUGAGAACAAAUCCUUUUUGAUAGAAUGUCUGGUCAUUCCAAAUCUUCCACACCAGUUGAUCUUGGGUGCCGAUUUCUGGGCACUAUCGGGCAUAGUCCCGGAUUUGAGAUCAGGUGUGUGGAAUUUUUCGAACCAAGAGAGAUUGGCUUCGAUGACAGACAUGGUAGCGAUUAGGGAAAAAUCGGAUUUGAACGAUUUUGAAAAUAGGAAGCUAGAAUUAGUGUUAGAAGAACUUUUUAAAUCAAUGACCGAAGGGUUAGGGUGUACCAACUUAGUUGAGCACAAGAUUAGGACGUCUGCGGAACCGAUAAAACAACGAUAUUACCCUGUUUCGCCAGCGAUUCAGAAACAUAUCGAUCAGGAGCUCCAGGAGAUGUUGGAGGCUGGAGUGAUCGAGAAGUCGAAGAGUCCUUGGGCAUCGCCGAUUCUUCUGGUUAAGAAGAAAGAUGGCAGUUAUCGGUUCUGUGUUGACUAUAGGAAAUUGAAUGAGGUUACAGAUAGGGAUGCUUAUCCACUACCAUUUAUUUCAGCGAUUUUAGACAAGCUUCGAAACGCGAAGUACUUGUCUUCUUUAGACAUUAAAUCUGCUUAUUGGCAGAUUCCAAUGGAAAAAGAAUCGCGAAAGUACACAGCCUUUACCGUGCCAGGGCGUGGCCUGUAUCAAUUUUGCAGGAUGCCUUUCGGUUUGCACAAUUCCCCGGCAACUUGGCAGAGGUUUAUUGACGACGUUCUAGGUCCUGACUUAGAACCGUUCGUCUUUGUGUACUUGGAUGACAUUAUCAUCGUCACCGAUUCUUUUGAUAGGCACCUAGAAAUUUUAAAAGAAGUUUUUAAAAGGUUAGGAGAUGCAGGUUUAAAAGUAGGUAGGGAAAAGUGUAAUUUUUGUAGGCCUUCUUUAAAAUUUCUAGGGUAUGUAGUUGAUAGGAACGGGCUUCAUGUUGACCCGGAAAAAGUGGAAAGCAUGAUUAGGAUUCCUGCACCGAAAAACGUGAAGGAAAUUAGGAGUUUUGUAGGGACUAUUUCUUGGUACCGUAGGUUCGUACCAAAUUUUGCAAUUUUGGUUAGGCCUCUUACCGAUCUCUUAAAGAAAAGUAAGAAAUUUGAGUGGACAAAAGAAUGUGAGGAGAGUUUCAGGAAAGCCAAAGAGUGUUUGGUUACGGCACCGAUUCUGACAUGUCCGGAUUUUUCAAGGCCGUUUGUUGUACAAACAGAUGCGUCGGACUAUGGCAUCGGGGCCGUAUUAUCUCAGGAGUUUGAGGAUGGCGAAAAAGCCAUUUGUUAUUUAAGUCGGUCAUUGAAUAGGAAUGAAAGGAACUACUCUACGACCGAAAAGGAAUGUUUAGCGGUCCUUUGGGCGAUUGAAAAGUUGCGACCGUAUCUCGAAGGUGUUCGAUUUACAGUCGUAACUGAUCACCACUCUUUGGUCUGGUUAAGCAACCUUAAGGAUCCGCAGGGUAGACUAGCUCGUUGGGCCAUUCGGCUCCAACAAUUUGAUUUCAAGAUCAUCCAUAGAAAGGGGAAAGAACAUGUCGUUCCUGAUAUGUUGUCGCGAGGAGUUCCAGAAGUAGCUGGUGUCUCUGAAGCGGAUUCGGACCCUUGGGUGAUUAAAAUGAAAUCGCAGGUAGAAAAGAGCCCUUUAGAAUACCCAUCUUGGCGAGUUGAGAAUGGGCGGCUCUAUAAACACGUUAGGUUGAACCAUAUAGUCGUUCAUAAUAGCGGUGAGGAGUGGAAGUUAGUGUUAGGGAAAAGUGAUAGGACGAGAACCCUUAACGAGUGCCAUGAUGCUCCGCUUUCAGGACAUAUGGGCGUUAAGAAAACUUUUGCUAGGGUAGCAGAAAAAUAUUACUGGCCCAAAAUGAGGAGUGAUAUAACGAGGUAUGUUAGGAGUUGUAAAAUUUGUCAAAGCGUGAAACCGGUGAACGAAAAACCAGCUGGUCUAAUGACCGAACGAGUAGGCAAUUCCCAACCGUGGGAAAUGAUUUGCGUGGACUUGGUGGGUCCAUUACCAAAAUCGUCGCGAGGAUUCGUUUACAUUUUAACGGUCGUCGAUUACUUCACUAAAUUCCCCUUAGGUUUACGGCGAAUUAUCAUCCGCAAGCGAAUCCGGCGGAACGGAUAA